AUGUCGACACAAACCAACACCCAGACACAGCAAAAGUUCGGUGUGUCGAAUGACAUCCCAAUACCUCGUGGCGAAGCACACUCGAAGCUCGUUUUCUACGCCCCACCGGCAGAUGGCUCAGCACCGUGGAACUACGUCGAGCAGCCGCCAGAGGGCUCGCCACAGCGCAACUACACCGAAGACAGCCACGAAGUCACAAUCAACGACAUCCGAGGCCGAGAACAAGACUUCGACAUGAACGUCAACGGCUUUGGCACGAUCUCAGGCAUUGAGAGUAAAGAGAAGGAUUUCACAGAGGACGAGUCGAUCAAGGCGAAUUACUAUCCUGAGGUCGAGAAGCUGGUUUUAGACCACGUACCUGGUGCGAAGCGAGUGUUCAUCUUCGACCACACAGUGCGAAGGUCAGACCCAAACGCAAAGCGAGCGCCUGUCAACCGCGCACACAUCGACCAGACAACUCGGUCUGCAAACAUGAGGGUCGACUAUCACAUGGGUGACGAGGCAGAAGAGCUCAAGAACGGUCGUGUCCGCCUGAUCAAUGUCUGGCGACCAUUGAAUGGUCCAGUCGUUGCAUCGCCCCUCGCAUAUGCCGACUCGAGAUCUGUGCCAGAUGAUGACAUCGUGCCUGUCGAGCAUCGCUACCCACACAGAACUGGCGAGACUGCUGGAGUCAAGUAUACCAACAACGGCAAGUGGUAUUACUGGUCUGGCAUGAAGAACGACGAGCGAAUCCUGCUGCAGUGCUAUGAUAGCGAGGAUGGUGCACGUACACCGCACUCAGCAUUUGUUGAUCCCAGGACACAAGCGGACUGGCCUGGUCGUGAAAGUAUCGAGGUUAGGACUUUGGUGUUUGGUUGA